AUGUUCUCCAAUGGCACCGCCUCCUCUCCCUCCUCUUCUCCAAGCCCCAGCCCAGGCAGCUGCGGGGAAGGCGCCUGCAGCAGGGGCCCCGGGGCCGGCGCUGCGGACGGCAUGGAUGAGCCAGGACGAAACGCUUCCCAGAACGGGACCUUAAGCGAGGGCCAGGGUAGCGCCAUUCUCAUCUCUUUCAUCUACUCCGUGGUCUGCUUGGUGGGACUGUGUGGGAACUCCAUGGUCAUCUACGUGAUCCUGCGUUACGCCAAAAUGAAGACCGCAACCAACAUCUACAUUCUAAACCUGGCCAUUGCUGAUGAGCUGCUGAUGCUCAGCGUGCCCUUUCUGGUCACUUCCACGUUGUUGCGCCACUGGCCCUUUGGCGCGCUACUUUGCCGCCUUGUGCUCAGCGUGGACGCGGUGAACAUGUUCACCAGCAUUUACUGCCUGACUGUGCUUAGUGUGGAUCGCUAUGUGGCUGUGGUGCACCCGAUCAAGGCAGCGCGGUACCGCCGGCCCACUGUAGCCAAGGUGGUGAACCUGGGUGUGUGGGUGCUGUCUCUACUGGUUAUCUUGCCCAUCGUGGUCUUCUCACGCACAGCCGCCAACAGCGAUGGCACGGUGGCCUGCAACAUGCUCAUGCCCGAGCCCGCCCAGCGCUGGCUGGUGGGCUUCGUCUUAUAUACAUUUCUCAUGGGCUUCCUGUUGCCUGUCGGUGCCAUCUGCCUGUGUUACGUGCUCAUUAUUGCCAAGAUGCGCAUGGUGGCCCUCAAAGCCGGCUGGCAGCAGCGCAAGCGCUCAGAGCGCAAGAUCACUUUAAUGGUGAUGAUGGUGGUGAUGGUGUUUGUUAUCUGCUGGAUGCCUUUCUACGUGGUACAGCUGGUCAAUGUUUUCGCUGAGCAAGACGACGCCACCGUGAGCCAGUUGUCUGUCAUCCUCGGCUAUGCCAACAGCUGUGCCAACCCCAUCCUCUACGGCUUCCUGUCGGACAACUUCAAGCGCUCUUUCCAGCGCAUCUUGUGCCUCAGCUGGAUGGACAACGCAGCUGAGGAGCCAGUCGACUACUACGCCACUGCCCUGAAGAGUCGCGCCUACAGUGUGGAGGACUUCCAGCCCGAAAACCGGGAAUCUGGAGGCGUUUUUCGUAAUGGCACCUGCGCUUCCAGGAUCAGCACGCUUUAAAGCUAGGCACUGCCUGGAGGGGGAGAGAGAGGCCAAAAAUGGGGAGUGAGGAGCAGGUGUGAGCCAGUGAUAACCGCUUAGUUAGCUGGACCUAGGAAAGCCAUGUGACCAAGGUAAAAUGGAGAGUUUUGUGGGUCACCUGGGAAGGCUUUCGGGACAUCUUCUCAGCCCUUCCUCCACCCUACACAGCGCUCGCUACUUGGAACAACUCUUCUUCAAACCCGGUAACUUUGAUGCUCUCAGUUCUGCUAGUACAAACCACAAACUUAACGUCGUUAACUCAGUUUGACCUUUGUCCCCUCAAGUCGAUAUUUCUGUUUCUUUAAACUGAGCCAGCGUUACUGCUAUGUGUUUCCUUUGGGCUGAGUCCCCAGCCUGUGCUCAUCCUGGUCGCUGCGCAGGUCAGCCGGCCAGACUCUGCUCAAAGCGGUUUUCAGAUCUUCCCAAAUAGCCGCUCUCCUUUUGCACAACCUUACUUUUAAGGAAGCCCGGCUUGAGGAUGACCAGGCAACUUCUCAAGGAAGGCACGUCUUUCCCUGGGCACUUCCUCCCUCCGCUCCACCCACACCCAGAGCAGAGCUAGGUGCUUAAGGAAAGGUCUUGCACCCAGAACCCCAGACUUCGUAUAGCUUCACCCAGAAGGACAAGUUUAUAAGAUCCCUGGUUUGUGGAUAUGGGUACCAUAGAAGUCACUCUACUCUUAGAACUCAGAACUUGAGCCCUAAAUUCCAGCGAGGGGCAUUCCCAACUGGGGAAUGACUUAGGCACGGUGCACCUGAAUUGCAGGGCAGGCCCGCUGGGUUCCCUCUUUAGAAUAACAAAAGAUUAGGUUUCCUGCUCUAGUGAAAGUUUGAGGUCCAGCUCAGGCUCCUCCUGCAAUGACUGCAGGGCCUUGGCCAAAGCUGAAUCUGUAGCUGUAACUUGUGUGGUCCUGGAGGGUUCCGGCCUUUCAAGAGGUGCCUAAUAAGUUAUUUCUUGUUUAACAAAUUUAUUUAUUUAUUUAUUUGUGGUGUUGGAAGUCCUGUGUUUCUGCUUUUCUCUACUUGCCUAACUGGGCUGUUCUUGGGAGUUCUGGGAGCUUCAGGGUGUGGGCCAGAGCAGGAGAGGAGAGAAGCUCACCCUAAAGCCCUCUCAAGUUCCACUCUCUUGGAUAAUCUUAGGCUUUUCUCAAUCCUUCCUAUUUUUGCUUGUAUCCAGUGAAGUUUGGAGAUUUUUUAAUGCUUUUUUUAUUGUAGCUUUUGUCUUAUUAAAAUAAAUAAAUGGUAAUUUGGGUUAACUUCUGUCAGUGCAAAGUGAAAGACCUGAAUUCCUGGUGUCCCAGAAAACAUGAGGGAAAACCACACUGUCUUUGAUGUGUGUGUGUAUAUAUAUCUAUAUGUGCUGCUAUGCACAAAUUGUAUGUAUAUAUACAAGAGAGACAGAUUUGUUUCUCUUGACCGACUGUCACAAGUCCAUGAA